GUGUCCAAGUUAAAGAUCUGAGUGAGACAGGGAGAAUGCAGAGCCUGAGACGACUCUCAGCUAGAGCAAUAACAAGCUCACUAGGCCACCGGGUCGACUUGCAGAUUUCAGCGGAAUCCGUUUUCAAUCAGUUCACCGGCGAUCGGAGAAGGAGGGUGUCGAACAAAGCCUCCUCCGAUCGUACAACGAAGAACGGAGACGAUGAAUGGAACGAUGCCUGGGAGUCUGCUUGGCUCCCGGAAGAUGAUUUCUCAUCUGCCAAUAAAGACAACAACAACCACAGAGCCCCAUGGGAGACCGACGUCAACUUCCCCUCCUCUGGUGUCCCCACUGUCGUCCUCCCAUCGGACGUUGACGCAGAGACCAAGGCUUUCGUCGAGGAUAUGAACGACAACUGGAACGAGCGAAGGGGAAGAUCUCCUAAGUCCAUGAUCCAACAACAACAACAACAACAACAACAACGGCAGCAACAGAACGGGGAAAGCUCGCUUUACAGUUUAGAGAACAUUAAGAAAGACUACCGUUUGAAGAAGCAGAGAAUUCACGCUGCCUUGUGGAUGAAAGAAAUCGAAAACCAGGAGGAGGCCAAGCUUGGGGAUUCCACCACCUCUGCGACUGGCCCUAACGAUAUCGAGAGGCUGCUCGACAGCUGUUCUGAGAUUUUUGAUUCUGGUAACAAUGAAUUAAAUGACUCUAUGAUCCCAAGCACUUCAGAGUUUAAAACCAAGCCAGAUGGUUGGGAAACAACAUCAAAAACUCAAGAUGGAAAUGUCUGGGAGAUGUCGCAGAGGGAGGAAGACAUUCUCCUCCAAGAAUUUGAGCGUCGAAUUGCAUUUUGUAAAUUUCAGAUUGCGAGCUUUAUCAAGUCUCAUAUAUUUAGUCGGAGGAGACCAAUUGAUGGGUGGAAGUACAUGAUAGAAGAGUUGGGACCAAAUGCCAGGAAAGGGAAGGGUAGCGUUUCAAGGCUGCCCAGUCUAUCUGAUGCAUCAACCCAACCUUUCAAGGAAGAGAGAACACCUAUUGGGAGCAGUGUUGGACCUCUCAAAGGGAGGUAGAUCCUUCUCAAAAUUCAUCAAUAGGGAGCCCCUGAUUUUUGGGUUCCA